AGCUGUCCUCCGAGUCUCCACUCAGGUCCACAACAUGGCAGUGGGAGUCGCCAGAGUCAUCCUGCUGUGCCUCUUUGGGCCUGUCCUCUGCCUGACAGAUGUCCAGACUUCUGAGCCCAGUGGGUCCCAGGCCCGGCAAUGCUACAGCUUCCAACACAUCUACUUCGGGCCCUUUGACCUCAGUGAAGUGAACUUCAGCAAUGUCUCCUGCCCGCAGGGAUGCUCUGAGGCUGUCUUGUCCCUGAACACUGGUGAGGGGCAGGACACGCAGAAUAAGAAAGGGUGCGGGGCGUGGCCUCCGCUGGGCUCCUCCUCCCGGCGCGCUGGCCUUCCAGCCUUCGAGUCAAGCAAGGUGGGCGCCCUGGCGCAGUGCGCACGCCCCACGUCCGGACGGCGGACGGUGACCUGAGUGUGCCUCCACGCUCUCUUGGUAGCGCCCAACCCGCCGACACUCAGCGGCACCGAAUGCUACGCCUGCGUGGGGAUCCACCCAGAGGACUGCACCCCGGAGAAGUCCCGGCGGGUCCAGUGUCACCAGGACCAGAGCGUCUGCUUCCAGGGCAAUGGACGAAUGACCCUGGGCAAUUUCUCAGCCCCUGUGUACGUCCGAACCUGCCAACGGCCCUCCUGCACCAUCAAGGGCACCACCAGCCCCUGGACAAACAUCGACCUGCAGGGCUCCUGCUGUGAGGGGGACCUGUGCAACAGGGGCUCCCUGACCCAGUCCUUCACCAGCGCCUCAGACACCGCCGCCCCCCGGGUGCCCCCUGUCACAGUCCUGCUCCUCACGGUCUCCCUGCUGGGUGGCGCUCUGGGAGGAACCCUCGGGCUCUCCUCCUAGUCAGUCCCUUCAGCCUCUUCCUGAAUGGGAUGCUGGGGGCAGGGCACACACACCCCCUUCUCAUUGCUUCACUCCCUGGAAUGUGGAAAAUCAGAGUUGCACACCUGUCUCUCUCUUUCCCUCCCUCCCUCCCUCCUGCUUCCCUACUGAUGCCUAGCCCUCACCUGGUCAGCAGGCCUGGAAGAAACUGGGCAAGGCCCCCAGCACUCCAGGGUGGGGAGAAAUGGCCACAUCCCACAUAAAGAGCAAACCUGACCCAUGCUGAGCACCAAACAGGCCCAGACUCUGCACAGCCCAUUUCCUGGUUGUGGGUUUCCUGGUCUGAGGCUAUCCCACAACCCAACCAGCUCCAGCAGGGAGCUACAAUGAUGUCUUUAUUAGUAUCAUCAUGGGAGACUUGAAAGGCAGUAUAACCAGCAUAUCCUAGACACUAGGAGCCCAGACCCUGAAGCAUAUCCUAGACACUAGGAGCCCAGACCCUGAAGUCAGGCUGCAUAGGUUCAAAUCCCACCUCUACCAUUUAGCCUGUGGGUGACCUUGGGUGGUUACUUAACCUCACUGAGACUAUGUUUCCUCACCUGUUGGGCAGAGGUGAAAAUAAAACCUACAAUAAUGACAAGAUCUAC